AUGGCCAUGAUUCUCCUCCUCCUCCCCCCUCUGACUUUUGCUGCUCCCAAUGCACCAUUUGUGAGACAAACGGUGACUGUAAGCAAAGACGGGAGAGGGAACUUCACCACCAUCCAGCAAGCUAUUUCUGCAGCUCCGAGCAACACUCUCUCCACGGACGGGCAUUUCUUGAUCCGCGUCUCUGCAGGUAUCUAUGAAGAAUACAUCUCUAUUGAUAAGAAAAAGACUUAUUUGAUGAUGAUAGGAGACGGCAUCAACAAAACUAUCAUCACAGGCAAUCACAAUGACGAUGACGGGUGGAAAACCUUCAACUCUGCAACUUUCGGCGUGAAAGGGGAUGGAUUCGUGGGAGUGAAUAUCAUUUUUCGCAACACAGCAGGGCCGGAAAAGCACCAAGCAGUCGCAGCUCUAAACUCAGCAAACAUGUCCUCAUUUUAUAGCUGCAGUUUUGAGGGAUACCAGGACACGCUAUACGCACAUUCGAAGAUGCAGCUGUACAGAGAAUGUGAUAUAUACGGCACGAUCGAUUUCAUCUUCGGGAAUGCGGCGGCGGUGUUCCAAAACUGCAACAUUUAUGCUCGUAGGCCUAUGAGGGGAUUAGGGGCUUUUCAUCUUCGGGAAUGCGGCGGCGGUGUUCCAAAACUGCAACAUUUACGCUCGUAG